CUCUGCGCGUCUCCGUGUUUCUGGGUUUUUGGGGUUUUUGAGGGUUUUUGGGGGUUUUGGGUUUUCGGGGUUUGAGCUCGAGCAGCAGAACAGCAGCGGAUCUUUGUCCUCGCGCUGCACACACCGGCUGUUCCCUGAAAGCCUCGUCCUCCCCCCGGUGGAGGAAAACCCGGACGGAGGCCCGCAGAGUCCCGCAGCCUCCCGCAGGCCUCCGGCCCGGACUCUGCUCUUCUCCCGGUAACAUGGACGGAUUCACCGGAAGUUUAGAUGACAGCAUGUCUGGCGCUAGCGUCUCGGACGUGAACGACCGUCUGUCGGCUCUGGAGCUUCGUGUCCAGCAGCAGGAAGACGAGCUGACGGUGAUGAAAGCGGCGCUCGCUGACGUUCUCCGCCGCCUCGCCGCCUCCGAGGACUCCGCCGCCUCCGCCAGCAAGAAGCAGCACGCAGGGAAAGGCGGAGCAGCGCUGCGUGAAGCGUACUCGAUGUCUUGCAUCACUAACGGAGGAACGUCUGGAAGGAAGAGAGACUCGACCUCCGUCACCAGGAAGGAGACGCUGUCAUCCGCCGCCAAGAGUGGAGCAGACAGGAAGAAGGAAGUCAUCGGUCAGCGCUCCCCCAUGGAGGAGAUCCAGGAGAACCCGUCCCCCUCCCCCUCCUCCCCUCACCCCCCCCAGUCCCCCCAGCAGAGGCCGGCCCCCCCCUCCGACAGCAGCAGAGGCCCCGCCCCCCCCAAAAGGGGGCCCAGUGUGAAGAGGUCCUCGGGGAUGGAGCGCUCUCAGAGCAGCACGUGGGAGACUUCAGACGACAACCGGAACAAACUCGUUAAAGCUGCUUCGACCUCUAAGCUGCUGGCCAAGGUCGUCAAGACUGCUGAGAGACACAAGGACCCGGUGGUCAGUCAGGCUAAAAUGUCGACUCGAGAGAAAAACAGCCAAUCAGAGGGGAAUCACCUCAAGAUGUUCAUGCGUGGCCGACCGAUCACCAUGUUCGUCCCGUCAGACAUCGAGAACUACGACGACGUUCGCUCAGAACUUCCACCCGAGAGGCUGAAGCUGGAAUGGGUGUACGGGUAUCGUGGCAGAGACUGCAGAGCCAACGUGUCCCUGCUGCCGACGGGAGAGAUCGUGUUCUUCGUGGCGUCGGUCGUCGUGCUGUUUAACUACGAAGAGCGGACGCAGCGUCACUACCUCGGUCACACCGACUGCGUCAAGUGUCUGGCCGUCCACCCGGACAAGAUCCGCAUCGCCACGGGCCAGAUCGCCGGCGUGGACAAGGACGGCCGCGCGCUGCAGCCCAACGUGCGGGUCUGGGACAGCGUGAGUCUGACUACUCUGCAGAUCAUCGGUUUGGGGACGUUCGAGCGAGGCGUCGGCUCGCUGGCCUUCUCUAAAGCUGACUCAGGGCAGCACCUCAGUGUGAUUGACGACUGUAACGAUCACAUGUUGACGGUUUGGGAUUGGCAGAAGAAAUCAAAGAUAGCUGAAAUCAAGACCACUAACGAGGUGGUCCUGGAUGUGGAGUUCCACCCCACGGACCCAAACACCAUCGUCACCUGUGGAAAGUCUCACAUCUUCUUCUGGACCUGGAGCGGAACCUCGCUGGCCCGUAAGCAGGGCAUCUUCGGGAAAUACGAGAAGCCGAAGUUCAUCCAGUGUUUGGCGUUCCUGAGCACCGGAGACAUCCUGACCGGAGACUCUGGAGGAGUCCUGCUGGUCUGGACCAGGAGCUCUGCAGAGACGCCCACUGGGAAGGGCCCCCGAGCGUUUCAGAUCGUGCGGCAGGUCAAAGGUCACGAGGGCAGCGUGUUCUGCAUGUGUGAGAUGCGGAGCGGCACUCUGCUGACCGGCGGAGGGAAGGACCGACGCAUCGUCCUCUGGGACCACGAGCUGCGGGCGGAGCGGGACAUCGAGGUCCCGGAUCAGUACGGAACCAUCAGAGCCGUGUCGGAGGGGAAGGGGGACGAGUUCCUGGUCGGGACGUCACGAAACUUCAUCCUGAGAGGAACCUUCAACGACGGCUUCACUGUGGAGGUCCAGGGUCACACAGACGAGCUGUGGGGGCUGGCGUCUCACCCGACCCGCGACAUGUUUCUGACCUGCGCUCAGGACCGGCUGGUGUGCGUCUGGAAUUCAACCAAUCACAGGCUGCAGUGGAGCCGCACGCUGGAGGAACAUGGACACUGUGCAGACUUCCAUCCCAGUGGAGCUGUGGUUGCCAUAGGAACGCACUCAGGAAAGUGGUACGUUCUGGAUGCUGAGAGCACCGACCUGGUGGCGAUCCACACCGACGGCAACGAGCAGCUGUCCGUCAUGCGCUACUCUGAAGAUGGCUCCCUGCUGGCUGUGGGGUCACAUGAUAACUUCAUCUACCUUUACACGGUGUCAGAGCGAGGUCGCAAAUACAGUCGCUACGGGAAAUGUACGGGACAUUCCAGCUACAUCACACAUCUGGACUGGUCACCUGACAACAACUUCAUCAUGUCCAACUCCGGAGACUACGAGAUCCUCUACUGGGACGUUCCAAACGGAUGUAAACUGAUCAGAAACCGUUCGGAGUGUAAAGACAUCGACUGGGCGACGUACACCUGCGUGCUGGGAUACCACGUCUUCGGUGUGUGGCCGGAGGGAUCAGACGGCACUGACAUCAACGCUCUGAUCAGAUCUCACAACAGGAAGGUGAUCGCACUCGCUGACGACUUCUGCAAAGUUCACUUAUUCGCAUAUCCGUGUUCCAGAGCCAAGGCUCCCAGCCAUAAGUACAGCGCCCACAGCAGUCAUGUGACCAACGUCAGCUUCCUGUUUAACGACAGUCACCUGAUCUCGACGGGCGGGAAGGACACGAGCAUCAUGCAGUGGCGUCUGGUGGAGAAGUCGUCUCUGUCUCUGUCUGACGGCCUCCUCUCUAACUCCGCCCCCCGCAGGCUGGACCCCGUCUUCACUCCGCCCCCUCCCACAACAGCCACGUCCACAGAGGAACCCGCCCCUCCCCCGACAGCCAAUGGGACCCAAGAAUGUUCCCCAGAAACCCCGCCCCCCACAGAGCUAGACCCGCCCCCCUCAGAGCUAACCCCGCCCCGCUCCGAGUCCACUCCGCCCCCCUCCGACAGCACAAUGAGUCUGAAGGACAGCCUGGAGCCGAGUGACGACACAGCCACACCCAGCGAUGAGGGUCUGCCCCCCCUGACCCCCCCUUCAUAGAGGCCAUUGCUCAGUGUGUGUGUGUGUGUGUGUGUGUGUGUUAGUCUAUCUUUGUGAGGACCAGGUUUAGUAUGAGGAACAGUUUGAGUUUUAGACUUAAGGUGUGAGGACGUCUGCAUUGUGAGGACGUCUGUGCUUUGUGAGGACGUCUGUGCGUUGUGAGGACGUCUGCGUUGUGAGGACGUCUGUGCUUUGUGAGGACGUCUGUGCGUUGUGAGGACGUCUGCAUUGUGAGGACGUCUGUGCUUUGUGAGGACGUCUGUGCAUUGUGAGGACGUGUGUACGUUGUGAGGACGUCUGCUUUGUGAGGACGUCUGUGCGUUGUG